AUGAAUACUGGGAAAGAUGAUAUGAGAGAAUAUUGUGUCAACGGCCAAAUGAGUUCCUCACAAAACGAAGAAGAGGAGGGACCAUCGACGAGUACGGCCACGGGGCCGAGCAGGACGGAAAAUGUCAGGAGAAGUCUAAAAGACCUGAAAAAGGACAUGGGACGGAAUUUCGACGCGCUCGUCCAUCGACCGAGGAUGGAGAGGAUCAGUGAAAGCGAGGGAGGCAUUCAGGAUAAGACCGUACUCGAAUCGAUAAGCCGAUUUUUCGCGCCA